UAAGAACAAGUCAAGAUGAUACAAUCAAUCCCUCCUCUUGCCUCAAAGAUCUUACCAUUUCUGAAAAUUAGGGUUCCAAUUUAGAAAGUGUAAAGUGAGGCUGAACGCACUUCUUAAGUCUUGUUGCCUAUUUUGAAGGGGAUACUUCACUUCUUCUUUGCUCCGUUAGCUUCCUUCAACAAUAAUGGAACAUUUAUUUAAACUGGAAAAAAAAAUAAUCUAGAGGUUUUAGAUUUCUACCCAAUAGUUUUUUAUUUUUGGGAAGGAGGGGAGUGGGGAUAAAGGAAAACGGGGUGUCCUUGCCUCCUUGGUCACAAACGCCGACGACCACCGGCGAGUAUUUUCCCGGCUAGAACAUCGACGACAUCAACAUGGCUUCGACUUCAAUCACUACCUUGUCCAUCUACUCUCACUCCCAACCAAAGUUCCUCAAUCUGCUUCAACACCCCCUCAUUCACACCCGCAACAAAAGCACAUCAAUUACGUUUAAGCCAGCGAUAGUUCGCGCCACCCUUUUCUCUACACUCACUUGUUCUCACACCCCUUCCACACCCUCUUCAAAUUUACCACCGGGAAGGGCUUUAACCAAGUUCCUCUCAGAAAAGGUAGCAUUUUUCCUCAUUGGGUCGUUUCUCUUAUCGGGUUGCUUCAGCAAAAGGCCUGCAUUCGCAGAAACAGCUCCUUCCGUGGGUUCUGGAGCAGUGUUGGAGGAGAAAAUGAAUCCCACUGAAGAGAAAAACGAGGAAGAGAAAAGUGAGGAAGAGGUGGAGGAAAUGUGGGAGGGCAUUUUGGAGAAGGAUCCGAAAAACGUUGAGGCUCUGAAGGUGGUUUUGUAUGGGAAGAUUAGGAGAGGGAAAUCGAAGGAGGCUGUGAAGGUUGUGGAGGAUUUGAUUGCUGCGGAGCCGAAUGAGGUGGAGUGGAGGCUCUUGCUUGCACUUUGUUAUGAGACUAUGGGGCAGUUGAGUAAGGCUAAAAGAUUGUUCAGGGAAAUCUUGAAGAAGAGGCCUCUUCUAGUCAGAGCUCUUCAUGGUUUGGCUAUGGCAAUGCACAAAAACCAUGAAGGUCCUGCUGUAUUUGAAAUGCUAAAUAAUGCUCAAGAGUUAGCUUCUCGCGAAAACAGAGUUACCGAGGAGAGAAAUAUAAGAAUCUUAAUUGCGCAAAUGCAUGUUGUCCAGGGUAAUUUGGAGGAGGGCUUGAAAAGAUUUCAAGAAUUGAUUGAUCAAAAUCGUCGAGAUUUUAGGCCUUAUAUUUGCCAGGGAAUAAUAUACAGUCUCCUGGGUAAAAAUGAGGAAGCGGCACAGCAGUUUGAAACAUAUCAAACUCUUGUGCCUGAAGAAUUUCCUCAGAGACGAUUCCUCGAUGAUGUUGCCAUAGCAGCAAAAAGAUCAUCCCUGGAACAGUUUAAGAAGGAAUUCAGAGAUCAAUUUUCUUAUCGGAAAUAGAGAUAAUAUAGGACGUUUUCUUAUUUGCUGUCUUGGCAAUAAUCAUCAGUGCAAUUCAGUAGCAGGCUCUUGUAGAAGCAAAAAGCUAGACAACUUUCAUGAUGAACUACAAUGUAAUGUAUACCACAGUUUUGUUUUUUGUAUUUUUUUUCCCCUGGGCUUAUAGCACAUGGUUUGGAUAGGAUUUUCUUGUUUUACUUUGGUUAGAUCAUGUAUUUCAAUCCUUAAAUAUGGUCCUUUAUUUUGGAAUAACCUUUUUUGUUCUCUUUUUAGUGUGUUAGGGACUUGCAGGGUAAGUUCAUUGUGGAUCGACACCUAUCAAAUGUUUAAUCUUCCUAUCCGAUCUGAUGAUAGAAGUGUUAACAUCA